AUGACUGUAAUGGUGAGGUGUUACCUGCUCUGUUUACUAACUCUUGCACUGUGUUGUGCUUGUGGGUUAGUAUGGGCUGAUAGUCCUAAAGCUUCUGAUGCCCUUAUUAAACCUUCCACUGUUGGUGUUCCUUCUCUUGUUCGUCGUGCUAUUCCUGAGGAUGCUGAAAGUUGGAUGGUGUAUGAGGAUGAGGAAGAUGGUGAUAGAAUUGAUGAGGAUAGACACAGAAAAAAAGAACAGGGGUCCGAUAAAGUAGAAAAAACAACAAUUAGCAAGCCAUCAACAGUCUCUCGGUCAAUGGGAAGUGAAGGUUCUCUCGGUCCUCAAGAGAUCCCUGUUAAUUCCACAGUCCUGCAGCAACAUCCACCACCACCUCUGGCAGAUGCUCCUCUGGCUUCUUCACAUGAUGGAGCAUCCGCUGAGGGUAAACCAGGUGCUGUUGGUGUUGAUGGUCUUCCUGGUAGUCCUGGAGUUGAGCGGAGUGAUAUGUCUGAGAGUAGCAGA